CUAGCAACCCGCAGCCAUGUCCAGUAAGCACUCGCCCGCACAUAUCACGCACCCAGCCAGUACUCAUGACGAUAGAGCCUCUCCCUACCGAGGUCGCGGCCUCCUACUCGGCCAUAAUUGACGAGAUUCUGCGCGCCAGCGACCUGAACACAAUCUCAGCGAAGCGCAUACGCAAAGGACUGCAGGAGCGCAUCAACACCGACACUACAGACCAGAAGGAUGCGAUCACAGCGCUCAUCAUGCAGCGCUUCGACAAGUUCAACUCCGAAGUCAACGGCACGACGGGGCCCGAAGAGCCGCUCCCCAGCGUUGAAAACGGCGCAGCCUCGACGUCAGCGACGCCCGAGCACAAGCGCUCGCCGGACUCGGAAUCCGCGCUGUCGGAGCUCGAGGACGCGGCGCCGCCCAAGAAGAAGGCGAAAAAGGCUAAGCCCGCCGAAGACGACGACGCCGCGUUCGCGCGCAAACUGCAGGCCGAGGAGAACGCGCGCUCGGGCCGCGCAACCCGCGGCGGCAACUCGCGCAAGAAGGCGCCGCUGCCCAAGAAGAAGGCGAAGAAGAAGAGCGCGAACCGCGUCAAGGACGAGGACGACAGCGACAUUGCGUCGGGCAGCGACAAGGAGAAGAAGAGCCCGAGCCGCAAAGGCGGGUUCCACAAGCCAAUGGCGCUCUCCCCCCCCCUCGCCGCCCUCCUCAACGAAACCACGCUCUCGCGCCCGCAAACCGUCAAGAAGAUCUGGGAGUACGUCAAGGCGCGCGACCUGCAGGACCCCAGCGACAAGCGGCAGAUCCGCUGCGACGACGCGAUGCGCGCCGUCUUCAAGUCGGACCGCGUGCACAUGUUCACCAUGAACAAGAUCCUGAACCAGAAUCUGUAUGCCGUCGACGAGAUCACGGGGCCGGUGCCCGUGCAGGGGCAGGGGGAGUCGGGGUCGGAGUAAGGGUGUUGAAGGUUGGGGCUGGGUUUGGAUUGAAGGGGGGGUUGGACAGAGAGGUGCUGCCUCGGCGGCGAUUCGACAACGACACUCGAUGUCAAGAUUUUGGAUACCAAGACCUUGGAUACCAAGACUUGCGUCGAGCGCGACAGCAACAGCGACAGAGAGACUUGAAAGGCGCGCGUUGGGCGUGGAAUUCGACGCGCGGACUGUGAAUAUCUAGCAUGGCGUUUCCAUCUGCGCAUUUUCCGGGGCCGGAGCAUCGCGGGCGUGUUCUUGGGGACUCAUUUAUUUCUUUUCUUUCUUUUGGGUAAUCUGCGGGCGGGGGGGCGGCGGGGGU